CGAGGACUAUGUCAAUUGUGCAGAAUGAAGAUGUUGAUAGUCAUGUUAAUGAAUUCUUGAAAAGUUUUUUCAAUUCUUGUAGUUAUGUAAUCGUUAAUAAUUCACUUAUCAGCACUUUCAGAGAAGUAAAAAAUAAUCUUGCGGACCUUGUGGAUACACGUCUCUUCAUUUCUUUAAUACAAUUGUAUAAAGACGGAGAUCUUGACUUUGAAGAUAAUAUUCCAAGAGAAAUAAAGCAAGAUUUUAAUAUAGCAUGGAAGAUUUUAGAAUAUUAUAACGAUAACAAUUUUAUAAUUUCAGACAAUUUGUUAGAUAAUAUUAAAAUUCCAAUAACUAUCUUUUCUUCCAAUGACGCAAAUAAAGAAUUAUCACUUCUUCCAUUUAAUUAUCCAUUCUUUGUCAAUAUUCUUGGAGAUAUGCAACUGAAUAUUAAUGAAAAGAAUGGAAAUAUGAUUGAUACUGGUUCUUAUGGAAUUGCAGGAGAUAUACCAUAUGAUGAGAUUACUCAUUGGCAUUCGACCAAACCACUUAAAGAACCAAAAAAUGUCAAGAAACGAAAACCAUCCCAACAGAAGGAUUAUCAAAAAUAUGUUAGAUUUUUAGAUAGAUAUGCACAAUCAUUAUAUGGAACUCAAGGAUUUUACAAAUUAAAGAUUAUUGUUGAUAAAAAAGCAAAUAAAAAUUCGAAAUAUAAGAAAUCUAAUAGCGCAGAAAAAUUGAUCAAACAAAUAGAACAGGAUAAAUUAGAAAAAUCAUUAAAAGAUGCUGAAGAUUCUCUUGACCGUAUAUUUGAAGAAAUAUUCAAAGAUUCAACUCUUUUAAGUAUUGAAUCUAA